UUUCGUUCUCAAGGUUGGUUUGGGAUUCGAGAUUUCCGGGUCUCCUUUUUUACUCGAUAACUUUCUUGUACUAUUAUUAUGAAACAAAUUGGUAGUCUCUAACCUGUACACUCUUGGCGCUGCCAAACCUCGUCGAAUGAUUCAUUCGCUGAAGAAGCUAAACCUGCCAAGUUGAGGAGGUACUUGGGCAAUUCCUCUUGUUAAUAACGACUAGAUCUCGCCUUCAGCUCCCCCUCGAGCACUCGCAAUCGCGCAGUUUCCGAUACAAUGCCUCCUAAGUCACGGUUUGCACGACUAGACGCUUUCACAAAAACCGUCGAGGAUGCGCGGAUACGAACCAGAUCUGGGGGGGUUGUCACAAUAACUGCACUGAUCAUUAUCUUCUUCCUCAUAUGGGGUGAAUGGUCGGAGUACAGACGUGUAGUGGUGUUGCCAGAGUUGGUUGUUGAUAAGGGCAGAGGGGAGAGAAUGGAAAUUCACUUAAACGUAACUUUCCCAAAUCUACCUUGUGAGCUCCUCACACUGGAUGUCAUGGAUAUUUCCGGCGAGUAUCAGACAGAGGUUGUCCAUGGUGUCAAUAAAUUGCGCCUCAGCCCGGCAGAGGAGGGAGGCCAGGUUCUCGAUAUUACUGCUCUGCAAUUACACUCUAAAACCGACAAUGCAAAAGACCUAGACCCAAAUUACUGUGGCUCAUGCUACGGAGCCCCCGCGCCACCCAAUGCACAAAAACCUGGGUGCUGUAAUACCUGCGAUGAGGUUAGAGAGGCAUACGCAGCGAAGCGUUGGUCCUUCGGACGAGGAGAAAAUGUCGAGCAAUGCGAAAAGGAAGGAUAUAGCGCCAACCUAGACGCCCAGAGAAAGGAAGGAUGCCGUGUUGAAGGAGUGAUCCGCGUUAACAAAGUUAUCGGCAACUUCCACAUUGCGCCUGGCCGCAGCUUCACAAAUGGCAACAUGCACGCCCACGACCUGAACAAUUACUACAACACUCCCAUACCGCAUAACGUGGGCCAUAAAAUCCACUACCUCCGCUUCGGGCCCCAGCUGCCCGAUGAGGUUUCCCGCCGCUGGAAAUGGACUGACCAUCACCAUACCAACCCGCUUGAUAACACUGAGCAACACACAACUAACCCCAGACUCAACUUUGCGUACUUUGUAAAAGUCGUAGCUACCUCCUACCUGCCGCUGGGAUGGGAUGACGACUGGUCUAGUACAGUUCAUUCUAAGGUGUCCAACAAUGUGCCCUUGGGCAAACAAGGGGUCAGUUUGGGCUCAGGUGGAAGCAUUGAAACGCACCAGUACUCCGUGACCUCGCACAAACGGUCUGUGGACGGGGGUAACGAUGCUGAAGAGGGACACAAGGAGCGCCUACAUUCGCAAGGCGGUAUCCCGGGUGUUUUUGUCAACUAUGAUAUUUCCCCCAUGAAGGUGAUCAAUCGCGAGGCGCGAACGAAGACUUUUUCUGGCUUCCUGACCGGCGUGUGCGCGGUUAUUGGAGGAACGCUGACUGUUGCCGCGGCUAUUGACAGGGCGCUGUAUGAGGGCUCUGUGCGGGUGAAGAAGCUACAUAAGAGCUGAUCUAGUUGUCUCUUUUUUUUUUUUUUUUUUUUUUUUUUUUUUCCUCGUCAUUCUGCGGGUUCCGGAUUCGGUUUGGUGUUUCUAUUUCUUGAUUUUCCUAGGUUUAUUUAACCUAUUUUGAUCCUCGACAUACUUUUACUUUUUUGCUUACUUCCGCAAAAAGGUCUAGGAUCAUUUUCGACUUCAGUCGGAUUGGGAUGGCGGAUAUGAUUGAGAUGAAAAAGGGGGAAAGGAGAAGGGGCGCCGGGCGGUGCGGUGUGUAUGUGUGUGUGAAUGUGUCGCGCGUCCUCCCCUUUUUACCUCUUCCACCCAUCGAACCCAAACCAACCCAACAAAACUUUCAUGAUAGAGGAAUCUCAAAAUAAGUGACGUGUCAACAAAUUCUACCCCCUUUUUCUCCAUUUUUCUUUUUUUAUUUUUUGUUCUCCAGCUUUUGUCACGAGAUUUUAUGUAUGGCGUUUUGUUUCAUCUUCCAUUUUUUGCUCCCCAAUCCUUUCCAUAUAUAUUUUUCUCGGUGUUUGUUUCGAAACUGUACUCUACGUUAUGCAGCGACGUGAAGCGAAAUUUUUACUUAUUUAACUUUUUGUCUUACAGCUGACAAGUAAGAAUAGAAUACUUUAUUUUAUUUAUUAUUACUCCCUUAGAUAGUUUCAUUUUUUACCUCUCUUCAAUAUUCAUACGACACUCGUCAAUGAACAUGAGUCAUAUGACACUGUUUCAGUGGUCAGAGCAUAGUUGCACAGACAACAAAGAUCAAAAAUGAGCUUCAGAGAAAGAGGGUGUAAAUAAGAGUUCUAAUACUUUUUUCAUCAGGGGAAGAGAUAUUAAAAAGGAAUUUUUUUAAAAACAAAGUGUGAAGAUAUGAAAGAGCAUGGGUGGAACUGAUAUAGAUAUGUAAAAAUACAGGUUUGUUGUGUGUUAG